GUUUAUUUCCAUGCGAAGAGAUUUCCUAGCCUUUCUCUAUGGGAGAUCUAACCGUUCGUUCGGAAAGGAGAAAUCAUGUGGAUACCUAAGGUCAAGGAUUAUCAUCGCUAGGCCGGAAGAUCUAUAAGUUCUACUCAUAUCUGUUAUUAUUAUCAUAUUCGUUGUUUUGUCCAUAAUCAGGGAAGAUCUGUGUGGGAAAAUUUUAAAUUUCAGCUGCUGUAUUUUCGAGGUAUGGAGGCUCUCUUCGCAAUGAAGAAGAAGAAGGAGAGGGCGCAAGCCCAGAAGAAGGAGAAGGCGGAGUCAUCGGGUCAAAAGCCCAUUGAUGAGGUUUUUCCGAAGGAGACCGCAGAGCCUUCAGCUGCUGCUGCUCCCGUUACUGCGGCCGGGGGGCGAAGGCUGAUGUGGCAGCCAAGCAGAAGAAGGGGGGCAAGGGGGUGGAGCCCCCGAUCAAGAAGCAGAAGGUUGCCGGGGACGCCGUUGAGAAGGCGGCCCCCCUCAUAAUACUCGAUGAUCAGCCCUCCGCUGACCCCCCGGCAAUUGAUACUCCGAUGGCUCAGACGGACCUUCCCUCGGGGAAGAUGCCUCGGGAGAUUAUUCGACUCUCCCUCGCUCCGGGGGCAUCCGUACUGCACGGUUCAGCCGAGCCGUUGUCUUUCCUGAGGGGGAUUACCUCGAUGAUGGACAAAGAAGCCCUCUCCACCUAUAACGAUGACGCCCUCGAAGCCAGGGCCAUUCGAUCAGCUCUGACUGCAUGCAUAACCUUCGGUGAGCAGGCCCGAAGGCGAGAGGAGUGGUGCCGUCAUAAGGCCGAGCUAGAGAGGUCCGUGGAGGAGCUGAUUCGCGACAAGGAUGCUGCCCUUCGGGAGGUGUGCAAGUUGGAGGAUGCCCUUCGGCAAGCGGAGCUGCGGCUGAAGGAGGUCAGAGAAGACGGGAAGGCCGAGGGCAGGGCUGAGGCCGAGAGGGUUGCGGCCGAGGAGAGAAAACAAGCUGCCGAGGACGCCGAGAAAGCCAAAGCUGAAGCUGCUGCCAAAGCCCGAGAAGAGGCCAUUGCUGGGUUCACCUCCGAGGGCUGGAAAGCCGAGGGCCAGAGCGAGUGGGUGGCUUCUGUGGUGAAGGCCUCGAUCGAGGAGUGGGUGAGGGGCCCCGGACUCGACUGGAUGAAUGAGAGGGGUGACACCUACUAUCAAGCUGGCGAGUUCUUCACCCAGCACCUGGUUUACCGGAGGCUCGCCCGGCAUUUUGGCACCUCCAUGGAUGAGUUCAACCCCUCGGUGUACGGCCUCCCCCCGUUGCAACCGGAUGUGCGGGUCCCCCUCCCCGAGGGAGAAGAGCGCCCGGUGAUUCAUGAUUCCAUGAUGAUGGGUGUCGAUGAUGAUGCCGAGGACGCCACCGGG